GCUUACCAAUAUGUUUCCACCUGAAGUCCACAACUCUUCUUUGAUGCGACACAAGACAAACAAACACUAAACAAACACAUUACUUGGCUGAGGAAGAAGGGAAGAAAAUGGUGAAGAUGAAGACAGUUCUUGUAAUAGUAAACUGUGUAUUCCUAGCGAUUGGAAACUGUGGAGGUCCUCUAAUGAUCCGUCUCUACUUCCACAACGGUGGCGAAAGGAUCUGGUUCUCUAGCUUUCUACAAACUGUAGGUUUUCCUCUCAUCCUCUUCCCUCUUCUCUUCUCCUUCCUCCGCCGUCGUCGCCUUGAAGAACAAGAAAAGACUUCGUUUUUCCUCAUGAAACCUCGUCUUUUCAUCGCCUCUGUCGUCGUUGGUCUGCUCAUGGGCUUUGACAAUUACCUCUACUCUUACGGAUUAGCUUAUCUCCCUGUUUCCACUGCGUCUCUGAUCAUCUCCGCUCAGCUAGGCUUCACUGCUCUCUUUGCCUUUUUCAUGGUGAAGCAAAAGUUCACACCUUUCACUAUUAACGCCAUCGUUUUGCUCACUGUUGGUGCCGUGGUCCUUGCCCUUAACUCUGAAAGUGACAAGCUUGCAAACGAGACACACAAGGAGUACGUUGUUGGGUUCCUCAUGGUCGUUGGUGCAGCUCUUCUCUACGCUUUUAUAUUGCCGCUUGUCGAGCUUACUUACAAGAAAUCUCGUCAACGAAUCACGUAUACGCUCGUGCUUGAGUUCCAGAUGGUCUUGUGCUUUGUUGCCACUUGCUUCUGCCUCGUGGGGAUGCUAGCUGCUGGUGAUUUCAAGGUGAUAGCAAGAGAAGCAAGAGGUUUUAAGCUUGGAGAGUCUUUGUAUUAUGUGGUAAUCGUGUUCACGGCCGUGAUCUGGCAAGCGUUUUUCGUAGGAGCUAUUGGAUUGAUCUUCUGUGCAUCGUCUCUGGUCUCUGGAAUUAUGAUCAGUGCUCUGCUUCCGGUGACGGUGAUCUUGGCCGUCAUUUGCUUCCGGGAGAAGUUUCAGGCGGGGAAAGGUGUCGCUUUGGCUCUCUCCCUCUGGGGAUCCGUCUCUUACUUCUAUGGACAGAUUAAAUCAGAGAAGACUAAGGGUCAGGAAACACAGGCGUCUCAACUGUCUCAGCUUCCAGUUACUGAUUAUGUAGCUUAAAAGCACAAAACAUGUUACCGUUUGAUUGAUUUAUUAAUGAUGUCUGCAAAUAAAAGUCAACAAAGGCAAUUUCUGCAAUACAGUUAACAUGUUGUAAUCAAAGAUGUGAUGUACAGAACUUGAGCUGAAAUCUUUUUAACUUUUAAGCAAAUGUCAUUUGACGAAA